UGGAACAAGACGGGAGUUCUAGUGGUAGUGGAAUACAAGAUGACAAAUGUCCGUUUUGGAAAUAUGUUACCAAAUUGGAGAAAAAGGGGGGAACGGCAGGAGGAAAUUGGAGAUGGAGAUGUAAUUAUUACAGAGAGGAUUUUACUGGUUCACACUCAAGAGUUAAAAAUCACCUCUUGAGGAUAAGUGGGACUGGAAUUAAGAUGUGUUCCAAGUCAACACCUAAAAAUUUAAGGGAGUUUCAAAGAACGUUGGAUCAAGCAGAGGCGAGGUUGAUGGCUUCUAGGCCUAAGAUGUCAGUUUUGCCUACAUCUUCGACUGCAAGUACGGCCGGUGUAGGUGCAAGUGCAAGCAUGCCGAUUGAUGCAGGUGGAUUUAAGAGGAGGGGGCCUAAUACCGUGGAAUAAGCAUUCAACAUGGGAGCAAGGGAGGAAUUGGAUGCAUUGAUUGGUAGAAUGUUCUUCACCGGGGGAUUGUCCUUCAACUUGACAAGGAAUCCAUAUUAUGCCAAAGCUUUUGCAUAUGCCGCAAACAAUCCAAUUUCUGGCUACAAGCCUCCUGGUUAUAAUUCCAUGAGGACCACUAUCUUACAACGUGAGAAAACUCACGUAGAGAGAUUGAUGGAGCCUAUCAGGGGCACAUGGCAACAGAAGGGAGUCUCCAUUUGUAGUGAUGGGUGGGUGGAUGCACAAAGGAGGCUCAUCAUCAAUUUUAUGGCGGUAUGUGAGGGUAAGCCAAUGUUCUUGAAUGCCGUGAAUGUCGAGGGAGAAGUCAAGAAUAAGUAUUUUAUCCAAACACAGCUAGAAAAGUGCAUCACAGAGGUGGGACCGAAAAAUAUCAUCCAAAUCAUAACCGAUAAUGCUUCGGCAUGCAAGGCCGCAGGAGGGCUUGUGGAGCAAACUUGGCCUCACAUAUUUUGGACUCCUUGUGUAGUUCAUACACUCAAUCUUGCUGUCAAGAAUAUUUGUGCAGCUAAGAACACGGAAGCAAAUGCCGUGGCUUAUGCACAAUUACAUUGGAUUACAGAUAUCUCCGAUGAUGCAUUGUUUAUGAAGAAUUUUAUCAUGAACCAUUCUAUGCGGCUUUCCAUAUUCAAUGAUUUUUCCAAGAUGAAGCUCCUAUCAAUUGCCGACACAAGAUUUGCCUCGUGGAUUAUUAUGUUGAAGAGGUUUAAGGUCGUCAAGAGAGGCCUCCAAGACAUGGUCCUUAGUGAUCGAUGGAGCUUAUAUAGAGACGAUGAUGUGGAGAAAGCUCAAUUUGUGAAAGAGAAAGUCCUCGAUGAUUUGUGGUGGGACAAGAUAGAUUUUAUUCUUGACUUCACCGGCCCAAUCUAUGAAAUGAUAAGGGUCACCGACACCGAUAUACCAUGUCUUCAUUUGGUGUAUGAUAUGUGGGAUACAAUGAUUGAGAAGGUGAAGCAAGCUAUUUACAGGCAUGAGGGUAAAAGGGAUAACGAGGAAUCUCCUUUUUAUGAGGUGGUUCACAAGAUCUUGGUGGAUCGAUGGAACAAGGGCAACACCCCGCUUCAGUGCUUGGCACACUCUUUAGUUCCAAGGUACUAUCAUUCCACAUGGCUCAAUGAGAACGUCAAUCAGCAACCUCCAAAUCAAGAUCUUGAGAUCUCUACAGAAAGAUCAAAGUGCUUAAGAAGAUAUUAUCCUAACCCCGAUGAACGAUUGGCGGUGAACUUAGAAUAUGCUAAGUUUGUGGGGUCUUUGGAGGCUUUUGGUGAUCUGGAUUCUCUUUCCGAUAGAGGACAUAUGGAUCCAAAGUCAUGGUGGCUUCUUUAUGGUGCAAGUGCUCCAAAUUUGCAAGCAUUGGCCAUAAAGCUUCUAGGCCAACCUUGUUCCUCUUCUUGUUGUGAACGGAAUUGGAGUACGUAUGGUUUCAUUCACUCCUUAAAGAGGAACAAGCUAACCCCAACACGGGCGGAGGAUCUUGUUUAUGUUCACACCAACCUUCGUUUACUUUCUCGGAAUUCGGAAGAGUAUAUGGAAGAGGAAUCAAGAAUGUGGGAUAUUGGUGGAGAUGCCUUCGACUCAUUUCAAGGAGCCGGCAUGUUAGAUGCUGCCCUUUCUCUUGAUGAGCCCACGAUGGAGGCCAUUGUGUUUGAUGAGGAUGAAAGAGUUGAAUCCAUAGAAUAAUCUUUUUGAUGUUUCAACUUGAAAACUUUAUUUUAAGAUAUGCUUUUGAGUGUAAUUUUCAUAUUUUUGCAAUGUUAGUAACUUAGUAUUUUAUAGUCAUUGAACUAGUUGCAACUUGAACUUUAUUCUCUUGUAUUUUUAUAUGCUCAAGAUGAAAGUAGUGAAAAUUAAAAAAUCUAGCCGUGUCGCCGUAUCCUAUUUUUUGGGUUUUGCCGUAUUCGUGUCCGUGCCGUGUCCGUGUCGCCGUGCCCGUGUCCGUGCUUCAUAGCUUAUAUGUGCUCCAAUGUCUCUCACAACAAGGUAAGGAACAUGAUGACCAAGCAACUUUAAUCCUAAUUCUUAUAAUUUUGGAGUAGAAGCCUCAUAGAUAACCCACCAUAAUUUGAGAUCAAUUUCUCCCCUAUCUUGCAAAGAUUCAUAGUCCUCAAAUGAAUCAUAUCCGACGAAAAAUUUAGCAAAUUCGAUACAAUGUUGAAAAUAGCGAUAACGCAUAGCGUAACGCUUACCUCCGGUUAGGUUACAAUAGCGAUAACACAUAACGUAACGUAGGUUAAAUAAUUUAUUAUUAUUUAAAUAAUUUAUAGAUAUAUAACAUUCAAAAUAAAAAAUAUGAAUAAUCAUCGCAAUUCUUAAUUUCACAAAUCAAUAUAUGAUCACAAUUUCACAACAAAAUCAACCGUGUUUGCCUUAACGAUCAAUUCAAAGGCGAAAUUCGACGAUAGAUCAAUAACUAACAGAAACCUAACAUCGUGUGUUCCAGCCAAAUAGAUCAAAUUUCUCACGCUAAUCAUGUUAAAGAGUAAAACAAUGGCAACUUCAGGGAACAAGUCAAGCUCACCCU